AUGGAGAAGCAACAGCUUGAUCAACAUACCGUCAGUCAUACUCCAACUGCACCGAAACGGACGGUGCGUGCUAUCGUAUCAGCGGCCGCCUUGACCUGCGCUUGCGCGUACCUUUUCAGCACCAGCAUCCAUCUCGGGAACCCCGAGAUCUCCAAUCCCAUUAACAUUGGUUAUAAGGAAGGCAACUUCACUUGGAAAAAAUGUUACGACAAGUACGAAUGUUCGACUUUGGCUGUGCCUAUCGACUAUAAAAAUAGCAGCAGUGCCAAGUUCAACUUGGCUCUUAUCAGAUUGAAGGCAACUCAAUGUGCCUCAAAGGGGCCUUUGUUUGUUAAUCCUGGUGGCCCCGGAGGUUCGGGCGUGGAUCUCGUGCUCCGAGCUGGCGACAUUUUGUCUAAGCAUGUCGAUGGUUAUUACGAUAUCGUUGGCUUUGACCCGCGUGGCGUAGGCGCAAGUAACACCAUUCGAUGCUUUGAAGAUGGAACUGAGAGCAAGUUUUUCUUGGCCAACCGAAACCCUUACCUCAGCCCGGGUGACAAUGUAGCAAAUCAUGCAGCUUGGUUAGAAGCUCAAGCAAAGCAGUGUAUUGCUAAGAACAAGGACUUCUUACCUUACGUGUCGACUGCUUCAGUCGCGAGAGACAUUGAUUCCCUUCGUGAUGCAUUUGGCCAAGAACUAACGAACUACUGGGGCUUCAGCUAUGGAACGUUUCUUGGAGCUACCUAUGUCAAUAUGUUUCCAGAUCGAGUAGGUCGCGUUAUUCUGGAUGGCGUCACCGACCCUACCACGUUUUCAGGAGAACUUGUCAAUUGGAUAAAAACGUCGCUGAUCCAUACUGAAGAUGGUCUUGAUGAAUUUGGAGCGACGUGUGAGGCCGCUGGUCCUGAGAAAUGCGCAUUAGCAAAUCGUGACAAAGCACUCGCCUUUGACGGUCAACACUACGUAGCUCCCACUCUGCGAUACUACCUCAACCAUCUGAUCAAUAAUCCAUUAUUGUUUAGCAAUACGUCAACGCAAGGGGUUGUGUUGCAAACACAUGCUGCCAAUGCUCUCUUUGCUUCAUUGUACAGCGUCUCGUCUUGGCCGCGUGUGGCCAAGGCUUUCUCGGACACUAUUGAAACGUCCACUGGAAAUGCAUUUUAUAACUUCGUCGUUGAAAAAGAAAACGAAAGGUGUCCGCUAGUGGAAGAAUAUUCAUUGACUGCCAUGCCCGUGCUCUGUAUCGAUGGAACUCAUCAUGAUCAACCAGACCUUGAAAGUUAUAUGAAGGGACUUGAAGAAGCAAUGAAAGUGUCUCCACUGGCUGGUCGUCUCUGGGGCACGGCUAUGAUUCAAUGCAUUUACUGGGAUGUCAAGCCUUCGGAGCGAUUUGCUGGACCUUGGAACCAUAAGACACAAAAUAAGGUCCUUCUCAUCGGUGCUACAGGCGAUCCUGUUACGCCCGUUGAAAGUGCUGCAAAACUUGAAGAUCUCAUGGAAGGUAGUGGCGUGUUCCAUAAGCAUCAUGGUUGGGGUCACUGCAGUUUGGGACAACCAAGUAAAUGCACCACCAAGGUCAUUCGCGAUUAUCUCGUCGAUGGGAAGGUGCCUGAGAAAGGCUCCGAAUGUGCUAUGGAAGACCUGCCUUUUGAACCCACUGCUUCUCUACAACGUUUCGGUGACAGUGGUCUUACCUCGCAAGACCUUUCUGAUCUUGCUGAUGCUGUGCACUCAGCUCAACGUCGGAUGUGGUAA